AUGCCUUCAUCACUAGAAAUCCAACUUCAGAACCAGACAUCCUCAAGCGAGGUGUACGCCUACAUUACCGGAUUGGCAUUGCAAAAGAACAACGCUCGUGUUCUCCUCAAGGCCAACGGCCAGGAUCUCUACUAUCCUGAGGAGCCGCGCAAGAUCCUUAGCCCGCUCACGGAGGACUGCGCCAUCCCUCUGGGUCCGCCCGGAAAUACAGUGACGGUCAAAAUCCCUCAGAUGGCUGGCGGGCGCAUCUGGUUCAGCCGGGAGGGAAAGCUCACCUUCCUAUUGAACCCGCCCGGGCCCGCCCUUGUUGAGCCGUCGGUCCUCAACCCAAGCGACCCGAAUCGCAACAUCGACUUUUCAUUUGCCGAAUUCACCCUCAACAACGACCAGCUAUUUGCCAACAUCAGCUACGUCGACUUUGUGCCGCGUCUACCCAUCGCCCUCACCCUGCAGGAUGGCAACGGCGUGCAGCACGUGUCAGGGAUGCCGAGUGACGGGCUGGAAAAGGUCUGCGAUGGCCUCCGCGCCCAAAAGGAAAAGGACGGGAAGCCGUGGGAUAAGCUCAUCGUGUCGAGCAAGGGUCGGCCUCUACGUGCCCUGAGCCCGAUGCACGGAAACGCGGUGCGCGCAAACUUUAACGGCUACUUUGAACCGCUAGUGGAGGAGGCGUGGAAAAAGUAUCACUGCAACAACAACUGUCAGAUGAAGAUCAACACUCAGGCCGCGCAUGGUGUCCUGCCGGGGGCGAUUACCGAGUCGGAUGAGUUGGAGAUUGGGGGUGAAAAGUUCAAGAAGCCCACUACGGCAGACAUUCUAGGCUGCAACAGCGGGCCUUUUACGACGGGGCCGUCGGCAAAACGCAAUGCCAUCAUCCCGAGGUUGGCUGCUGCGUUUGCGCGGGCGGCGGUCAUGGACGCAGAACACCACCCAUCUGAUCCGUGCACUUUUUACAAGCGGGAUCCAGCGAAUCACUAUGCUCGCAUUGUGCACGAGGUGAACCUGGAUGGGAAGGGUUAUGCGUUUGCGUAUGAUGAUGUUCAGCCGGAUGGAGGGGCUGAUCAGUCUGGCAAGGUCAAUGCAGGUUCUCCAUCGCUGUUCAUUGUGAGUGUUGGAGGCGAAAAUGCAUAUGUCGGUGAUAGGUUACCAUAG